CCAAGAUUCAUUUUUUUAAAAUUGUUUUUGGGGUUAAAUCUUGUUCUUUGUCUUUUCAUGGGGGCUGGCUUUAAUUCUAUCUCCUUUCGAUAAAGUGGUUUAUGAAAGGGUGUGUUGCUGGCUGGCUCCUCCUCCUUUACCUUUCUUGUCGAUCAGUUAGUUUUAGCAGUGAGGAAGAAGAGGAUAGAUACUAUUUCACUGUUAACACUCAAACACAGAGAAAAAAAGAAAAAAGAAAAAAGAAAAAAAAGUUGUUUCACAACGUGUAAAAUUAAGGAACAGUUAUUUCUUACACCUAACAGGGCUUUAUGUUCCAUUUUUGCUUCACUGUCUGGCCAUAAGUUGUGCAGUACCAUUGGUGGGUGUCUGUGAAAGAUUUUUUUGUUGAAGAUUUUUAAAAUGGGUUGUGGUUUUGGAAGAUGUUUGAUCUUCUGCCAUUGAUGAUUGGGAGAUAUGGAGCUGCAAUUGAUCAAUUUCUUGUUUCUUGAAUUCUCUUUGAUUCUCUCUUCUCUGUUAUUUCAAGAAUCUGCUGGUCUUCAUCUUCCAAGAUUUUUAUUACUGCAGAAUGAGAAAGGAUCAGUCAGAGAAACAAAUUCACAAUUCAGAAACCAUCACUUCAGGAAGAAAAUUCACCACAUUGCUGAUUCUGAGCCACCUAAAGCUUCGAAUCCAUGGCGGGGCCCUGCAAUGGCGCCGGCUCCAUCUUCCCUUCCUUCUUCGCGCCGAGAGCUGCCAUUGCCGGCAAAUGCAAUUCCACCUUAUCAUGUAUAUGUGUCCGGCCCUUCGCCAGCGGUAUCUCCGACGAACUAUCAUACGACAGAUGAAAACGGAAUGAUAUUACCAUCGCCUCCUCCUAAUCAAGAAUGCGCGGCUUUAACGUGCUCGGAGCCACUGACGUACACGCCUCCUGGCGCGCCCUGCGCCUGCGUGUGGCCCAUCGAAGUCCGAUUGCGGUUCGAUAUUCCUCUCUACAUGUUCUUCCCAUUGGUCUCGAAGCUUGCCGAAGGAAUUUCUACUGCGAUUCCAUUGGAUCGUCGCCAAGUUCGCAUAAUGGGAGCCGAUGCUGCGGACCAACAGCUCGAGAAAACCACUGUCCUCAUUAACUUGGUCCCUCUCGACGGCACAUUCGACGCAGCGACUGUGUUUUUGAUUUAUACAAAGUUUUGGAGGAGACAAUUCUCGAUCAAGGCCUCUGUUUUCGGAGCUUAUGAAGUCGUAUAUGUUCGAUAUCCAGGUCUACCGCCAUCUCCUCCUUCGACGAUCUCCGGUUCUGCCACAAUUGACAGCCAACGGUAUCCCGGAGGCAGCAAUGACGAUGGACCAAUGAAGCCAUUGGGAGUCGACAUUCCGAGGAGGAAGAGAACCAACUCCAGCAAGAACACGAUCAUCAUUGUCGUCCUAUCCUCCGUGAUUGCAUUUUCUCUGUUCAUCGUGUUUAUUUGGCUGCUCUCGAUGAAAUACAGAUCUCGCACAACGCCGCACAGGCAAAGUCACCUAGCUUUAAUUUCCUCCGAUCGAAAACCAUCCGGCGGCGCCCGAUUGCUGACUUUAAGAAGCAGGCCGAGCUCGGCGUCAGUGUCGUUCAGUUCUAGUCUUCUGGCAUGCACGGGAUCUGCGAAGAUUUUUUGCAUCGAGGAUAUCGAGAGAGCCACGGAUAACUUCGACGCCUCGAGAAUUCUCGGCGAAGGUGGGUUUGGACUUGUGUACGGCGGUGUUCUCGACGACGGGCGGGAGGUCGCCGUGAAAGUUCUCAAGAGAGAAGAUCAGCAAGGCGGGCGCGAGUUUUUAGCGGAAGUCGAGAUGCUCGGGAGGCUGCAUCACCGAAACUUAGUAAAACUAAUCGGUAUAUGCGCUGAAGAUCAAUGCCGAUGCCUCGUCUACGAACUUGUUCCUAAUGGAAGCGUCGAAUCUCAUUUACACGGAGCCGAUAGCCAAGCGAGUCCUCUCGACUGGUGCGCGAGGAUGAAAAUUGCGCUCGGUUCGGCCCGCGGUUUGGCGUACUUGCACGAGGACUCGAGCCCGCGAGUCAUACACCGAGACUUUAAGGCGAGCAACAUUUUACUCGAACAUGACUUUACUCCUAAAGUCUCCGAUUUCGGUUUGGCUCGAGCAGCGCUCGAAGAAGGCAACAAGCACAUUUCGACUCACGUCAUGGGAACUUUCGGUUACUUGGCUCCCGAAUACGCAAUGACGGGCCAUCUCCUCGUCAAAAGCGACGUAUACAGCUACGGCGUCGUUCUUCUCGAGCUACUCACCGGACGAAAGCCAGUCGACUUAUCACAGCCACCGGGACAAGAAAAUCUAGUCUCUUGGGCGCGACCGCUCCUCGCAGCAAAAGACGGCCUCGAAACGAUCGUCGAUCCAGCUCUAAAGCCAGAAGUACCUCUCGAAAACUUCUCGAAAGUUGCCGCAAUCGCAUCGAUGUGUGUCCAGCCCGAAGUCUCUCACCGUCCGUUCAUGGGCGAAGUAGUCCAAGCCUUGAAGCUGGUGUGCAACGAGUUCGACGACACGAGAGAGCCUGUCUCGACGAGCUGCAGCCAGGAGUUCUUAAUCGACGUCGAGAACAAGAACAUCGUCGGAUUAUCGACGCAGCUCGUUGACGACCUGGAGAGACGCGAUUCUUCGACUUUUGACAGGAAAGUCGCAUUAUCAGCCGUCGAUUUACAGAGUGCAUCGGUAGCUUUUCACGAGCAGGGAUCCGAGUCUUUUCGGAGGCAGUUCAAUUCUGCUCCUCUGAAAGUCGAGAGGAAGCGAUCGUUUUGGCAGCGUCUCCGACUCUCCCGAGGCAGCAUGAGCGAGCAUGAGCAUUCGACGAAACUGUAAUCGCACACUAGGUAACGAACAAUAAACUCUAUCUCGGUUUGCCUCUAGUUUACAAUUCGUUCGAUGUCGAAAAUACCUGAGAAUCGUUGUUUCUGUUAUUAUCUUGUUGAUGGGCUGCGAACAUGAAGUUUAUUGUUGCUUAUAAUAAGAUUGGAGAUGAAUUA